AUGGGUCUUUUACCUUUUGAAACCUUUAGCGAAUUGGGAGCCUUGAUAAAGUUGAAAUACUUCCAUAAGCUUCCUGCCAUUGAUAUGAGCGAUGAAUCUGUCAAAUUUUGUUACAACAAGUUGAAUCAAGUAUCGAGGUCUUUUGCCAUGGUCAUUCAGGAGCUUCCCGAAGAACUCAAACAUCCCGUAGCCAUCUUUUAUCUCGUUUUGAGAGGUCUUGAUACCGUAGAAGAUGAUACUGAAUAUCUCAAAGAAGAUGUCGCUGCCAAGCAUCAAUUAUUACAAACAUUCUAUCAAAAGAUUCGUGAUCCAAACUUUUAUCUUGAUAAUUGUGGAGGAAGUCUUCAUGCCACUCGUCACUACAAGGAUUUAAUGUUGAACUUCCAUCAUGUAUGCAAGGUAUUCCUUCGAUUGGAUGAAAAGUAUCAACGUGUCAUUGAAGAUGUGACCAUGAAGAUGGGAUGCGGAAUGGUCAAUUACUUGGGCAUGACAGGCGUCGAUACCAUGCUCGACUAUGAUGAAUAUUGCCACUAUGUGGCUGGCUUGGUUGGUAUUGGUCUCUCUGAAAUGUUUGUUGCCUAUGGUGAAGAUGAAGAAGCAUUCUUCAAGCCAGGCACAAGCGGUACUUCCACUGAAUCCAUCAAGAAAUCCCUCUCAAACUUGAUGGGACUCUUCCUUCAAAAAGUGAACAUUAUUCGUGACUAUGCCGAAGAUAUUUUGGAAAAUAGAACCUUCUACCCAUCUAGCUCUUUCCAACAAUUUGGUUUGAAGCAGGUAACAGAUUUGGCAAAGAAAGAAAAUUUACCACAAGCACUACAAACUCUCAACUACCUCGUUACAAAUGCUCUUUCACAUGCUCCAGAUUGCCUCGAAUACAUGUCCAAAGUGAAGGAUCCAAAAGUUUUCAGUUUUUGUGCCAUUCCUCAAGUCAUGGCCUUUGCUACACUCGUUGAAAUUUAUAAUAAUCCAAAUGUAUUUGUGAAGAAUGUCAAGAUGAGAAAAGGUCUCACUGCUCGAAUUUUCAUGGAAACAAAAUCAUAUGAAGAUGUUCAAAAAUGGUUUGCCACCCUUUCUGAAGAUUUACAAGUUAAACUUGCUUCUAACAUGCAAGAUCCAUCUGCCAAGGAAACUGCACGAGUUUUGGAAACAAUUUUGAAGAAGGCUGGCUACAAAACAAAAAGCAGAGGACUUUCAGUCACCCAAGGUUUUGGUAUCGUUUCUUUGUUGACUGCUCUAGUUUAUUGGACUCUUUGUGGCAAACCACUUUCGAAUUUUUUAGGCAAUAAUACGUCACUGUUGGGACGAUUCUUGGGCAGAUUUGUAAGCAAACCUGUAUCAGGAGCUGUAUCACCAGCAGGCAAAGCUAUUACUCCAUCUUUGAAUUAA